AUGUCACAACAACAACCCCCAUCGAGCUCCCGUGCGGAUCUGGUUGCCAGUGCUGCCGAGUUCCUUUUGGACAAGAGCAUUGCUGACUCACCUUUAGCGAAAAAGAUCGAGUUUCUUGAGUCCAAGGGCCUCACCCAGGUCGAAGUCGAAGAGGCUCUUCAAAAGGCAAGAUUAUCCUCGUCUACCACGUCCCAGCAGCCCGUCUCGGCCUCUGCUCCACCGCCUCCACCGAUUCCCGACUACUACAGAAGUGCGCCGCCUUUGCCAGAACGCGACUGGAAAGACUAUUUUAUCAUGGCUACCGCAACAGCAGGUGUUUCGUACGCCAUGUACCAGAUAAUCAAGCGGUAUGUGGUGCCAAGGGUCCUGCCGCCUUCCAAGACUCUGCUGGAACAGGACAAGGCGUCGAUCGACCAGGAGUUCCAAAGAGUGGAGAGUCUGCUGGAGAAGUUUGAGGCUGACCAAAAAGAAUUCUUUGAAGAGCAGAAGGCCAAGUCGAGCAAGAUCGACGAGACGCUGCACGAGAUCGACGAGAUCAUCAGCAAGACCAACGAGAAGAACCUGAACAACGAGGAGACACUCAAGUACCUGAAACUGGAGAUCGAGAACAUCAAAACCACGCUGCUCAAGACUCUGGACGGGCAAAAGGCUACUUUGAACGCAGAGCUGUCGUCGAUGGAGAAACAGAUCCAGGACAUCAAGUUUGACAUCCGGUCCACAGGCGUGAACACCGUUUCACAGCUGCAUACCCCGCCGAACGAGAGCAGCUCUGCACCAUCGGAGUCCAAAAACGGGAGCGUUUCCGCUCUCAACAUUCCUCCAGCCACCUCCAUCCCGUCCAUGAAAGACAUUCUCAGCAAGGAGAAGGAAAAAGACGUGAGCAUCGAGGGAAUCUCGCAGAUCAAGGACCAGGAAAGAUCGAUUCCGGCCUGGCAGCUUGCGGCCGCAAACGGCGGAAGCUCUACAACGUCCAGUGUCAGCGGAGACGAGCCACGGCGUGGCAUUCCGGCGUGGCAGCUCAACGCGUAA